AGCAGCGUAGAUCUUCAGCGGUCCCACUUUUCGGCUCCGGAUUGGUGUUUCGUGUCAUGGACGUCGCCCUUUUUGCCCAGGAUGUAGAUCAGCUCUCACAGCUCUUGGGCGAGUGCCACCUCCACGAAGAGAGGGAUGCCCUGGCGCAAGUCAUGAUGCCCAUUGCUUCCUACGCCGGGCAGCUGGCCUCAGGCAUCCAGUCGCCCGGCGGCGGCGGCGGCGGCGCGGCUUCCGGGCUUUGGGCCGAUGAGCUCAUGCGGCGCUUGCAAGGCUGCCAGUCCAUGGACGAGGGCCGCGCGACGUGCGCGGAAAUGAUGGCCGCCUUCCAUGAGGAUCAGCACAGCCAGCAGCUUCAUCCUCCGCGUGUGCCUGCAGUGCCGAUGAUGACCGGCAUGCCAUGCACGCCGAGCAUGCCGAGCGCGCCCUGCGCUAGCAUGCCCAGUGCGCAAAGCCUGCCGGCAGCCACCAUGGCACCACACGCAGGCAUGCGCGCUGCACCUGCUGCGAAUGCAGAGCUCACAGCUCGACUGCAAUCCCUUCAAGGUGCCAACCGGGUCAUUGUUCGUGCUCUGCGGAUCAUGUCGGAGCGCUUGCGCGAGCAAGGAAAUCGCAGCCGACAGGCAGAAGAGACAGUCGCGCGCCUGCAGUCAGAGCUGCAGGCCCGGGACGAGCAGCUGCGCGCCUCCGAGCGAGCGAAGGCCAUGCUGCAGUCCCGCGUGGAGGUGCUCCUGCGUGGGGAGGCCUUCGAUAUGCCCCAGGUGUGCAGCAGGCCGUGCAGCUGAGCGUGGCGCGAUCUAAACCUCGCCAAGGUUUGCUCGGUUUUUGGUGCUUGUCUCGGUUGCUUUUGGCUUUUUUCCGCC